ACACGCUUCACACGACGUCUGCGCCACCAAGUAGUUCGGUACGUGUUGAUGUUUGCCACACCACGAUUGCUGGCAAUGCUGACACCGAGCCUGAUGACGGCAGUUAUUUCCGGGGCAAGUGGGACACACUUCAAUUGUAUCGAUGAUUUUGAUUUCGAACGUCUGUUCGAUGAAUUAAGCGAAAAAGAAUUUACCUUCCCCCCUCUCGCUCCCUCAAGCGUCACCACUACCGUCGUCUCCAGCAGUCCUGACGCCACCACGAGCGCCAUGGAUAGUGAUGAUGACGACGUGUUUAUCUACACGCCCUCCACCAUCGUCGCUUCCGGCAGCCCUGUCGCCACCACAAGCGCCACCGUCGCCAACCCUAUAUUAAGGUCUAUUUUGAAGACCCCCUAUAUGUAAGUAUUUACUGAAAACACACUAUACCCUACUGUGCUUUAUUGUAUUACGUUCUUUUGUUUUCGAUGUUGCUUUUGAUAUUAAUGUUCAAGUGCGUUCAAUCUGGCAUUAAGGAGGUGGAGUGAUU